CUCGCCAGUCGGCGGGAGCCCAGGUGCCGGCGGGCAGAAGGCGCUCGAGGAUGCGCUGGUGGUCGCUGCUCCUGCUGGGGGGGCUGCUCCCCGGCGCGACGGUGGGGGGCGCGGACCCGACCUACCCGCAUCGCGCCCUCCUGGACGCCGACGGCCAGUACUGGCUGAGCUGGGGUCCGCGCGGCGGCGGGCUCGCUUUCCGCCUGGAGGUGCGCACGGCCGGCUACGUGGGCUUCGGCUUCUCGCCCACCGGGGCCAUGGCCUCCGCGGACAUCGUCGUGGGCGGGGUGGCCCACGGGCGGCCCUACCUGCAGGACUAUUUUACAAAUGAAAACAGAGAGUUGAAAAAAGAUGCUCAGCAAGAUUACCAUCUAGAAUAUGCCAUGGAAAAUAGUACACACACCAUAAUUGAAUUUACCAGAGAACUACAUACAUGUGAUGUAAAUGACAAGAGUAUAACGGAGAGCACGGUCAGAGUGAUCUGGGCCUACCACCAUGAAGACGUGGGGGAAGCUGGUCCCCUGUACCAUGACUCCCACCGAGGCACCAAGAGUCUGCGCUUGCUGAGUCCUGAGAAAACUAACGCUUUGUCUCCAGCCACAUCAUACUUUGACCUGGUUAAUCAGGACGUCCUGAUCCCAAACAAAGGUACAACAUAUUGGUGCCAAAUGUUUAAGAUUCCUGUAUUCCAGGAAAAGCAUCAUGUAAUAAAGGUUGAGCCAGUGAUACAGAGUGGCCACGAGAGUCUUGUCCACCACAUCCUGCUCUAUCAGUGCAGCAGCAGCUUUAACGACAGCGUCCUGGACUACGGCCAUGAGUGCUAUCACCCUAAUAUGCCGGAUGCGUUCCUCACAUGCGAGACCGUUAUUUUUGCCUGGGCCAUCGGUGGAGAGGGUUUUUCCUAUCCACCUCAUGUUGGAUUAUCUCUUGGCACUCCAUUAGACCCUCAUUAUGUGCUCCUGGAAGUCCAUUAUGACAAUCCAACCAAUAUGGAAGGUUUAAUAGAUAACUCUGGGCUGAGACUAUUUCAUACAAUGGAUAUAAGGAAAUAUGAUGCUGGGGUGAUUGAGGCUGGUCUUUGGGUAAGCCUCUUCCAUACCAUCCCUCCAGGGAUGCCUGAAUUCCGGUCUGAGGGUCACUGCACUUGGGAAUGCCUGGAAGAGGCUCUGAAAGCGGAAAAGCCAAGUGGAAUCCACGUGUUUGCUGUUCUCCUCCACGCUCACCUGGCUGGCAGAGGCAUCAGGCUCCGUCACUUUCGCAAAGGAGAGGAAAUGAGACUACUUGCUUACGAUGAUGAUUUUGACUUCAAUUUCCAGGAGUUUCAGUAUCUAAAGGAGGAACAAACAAUCUUACCAGGAGAUAAUCUAAUUACUGAGUGUCGCUACAACACAAAAGAUAGAACCCGGAUGACUUGGGGAGGACUUAGCACCAGAAAUGAAAUGUGUCUCUCAUAUCUUCUUUAUUAUCCAAGAAUUAAUCUUACUCGAUGUGCCAGUAUUCCAGAUAUUAUGGAACAACUUCAGUUCAUUGGUGUUAAGGAGAUUUAUAGGCCAGUCACGACCUGGCCUUUCAUUAUCAAAAGCCCCAAGCAGUAUAAAAACCUUUCUUUCAUGGAUGCUAUGAAUAAAUUUAAAUGGACUAAAAAGGAAGGUGUCUCCUUCAAUAACCUUGUGCUUAGCCUGCAAGUAAACGUGAGGUGCUCCAAGACGGACAAUGCAGAGUGGUCGAUUCAAGGGAUGACAGCCUCACCUCCGGACAUAGAAAGACCCUACAAAGCAGAGCCGUUGGUGUGUGGAACCAAUCUUUCCUCUUCUCUGCACAGAAGCUUCUCUCUCAAGCUGCUGGUGGGCUUCCUGGUACUCAGCGGCUUGCUGGGCAGCGUCUACUUGUGAUCAUGAUCCUGUGGUUUUGGGUGACGAUGUUUCUGUGAUCCAAACCUGUCAGUUAAUGGCAGGUUAAAGACUCUCUGGUCUUGAAGCGUGAGCAUUGCGAGCGUGGAGACCUUCCUUGCAAACACCCCCUUCCUCACAGUUUAUGUGAGAGACCUCACUUGGGUUCUCCUCUUUCCCUCAGAAAUGUCUGAUAUUGUCCAUGGCCAAUAAAACAGACGUAGCCUGAUUUAUGUCACUUUUUAAAAAUUGGGGAAAGUCAAGUGGAAGUUAAAGAAUUCAUUAUUUCCUUCCAUAUUCUACUUUAUUUAAAUACUCAUUGUUGCUAUUUUACUUAUAAAUUUGGUGUUUAUAUGUCUUUCUAAAAAUGCAUUCACCUUAAAAAUGUAAAGAAAAUUACUUUCCAUUCCAGUUUUCUUCUCACAGUUUUUUGGGGUACAAUUUCCCACGUGUUUCAGAGUGUCACCCUUUCUCUCCAUGUUCUCCCCUUCUGUACUUUUCUGUGAAGCACCCACAGGCCCCUACUGCAGCGCUUUUGAUGAUGUCUAUUCUAUUCUUGCUUAUCUGAGUCUGUUGUUUCUCCCAAAACCCCCAACUCAUCUCAAAGUGUUUGUUUUCCACCCCUGACCAGGCAGGUUUCUUUGUAAGCUCUGUUACUCUCCAAGAGAAAGAAACGAAAAAGAAAAAGAUGUGGGAAACAUAAAAUUGAAUAAAACUGAUUGUAGGCUGAGGAGAUCAUGUGCCUUGCUGCAGAGCCCAUGCUGCAAGGGGUCCUUUCUGGGUUUCCAGGUCAAAGGUCAGACAGAGCCUGCAGAGGCGGUUGCAAGGUUUGUGCACAGAACCUCACUGGUGUGUUGGAUGUCACAUAUGCUGCAUACUGGCUCAGUUUGAGUCAUAGUUGCUACUGUAGAUUUAUUUUUCUAUUAGUUCCUAAACUGACUUUCCAUAAUAAAAUUGUCACCAGUUGGGUAUAUAUAGUUCAGCCAUAUCUUGUUUUGUGACCUUUCCUCAUUUCUUAAGCUCAACCUGUUUGGAUCAUAUCAAUAAACUAA